AUGCUCGAGUACCUCCAUGAGGAGAAGCCGGAGUGCUUUUUCUGCGACAUCCUGUGGAGUCAGGUGAUGCGAACGGGGAAGUGGGCCGUCGCUCGAGAGGAGUUUCCCAGCGACGAGUACCCUGCCUUUUGCAGCGGCCCUGUCUGGGUCUUGCCCACGCCGCUGCUGCCUCGCCUGCUGGAAGCUUCCAAGUCUGCGCCUUUCUUGUGGGUGGACGAUGUGUACGUCACUGGCGUACUGGCCCAGUAUGCUGGCAUUAAACACCUCGGCAUUGGUUCUGAAUCCCGGCACAUUCGGCCCUCCGACGUGGGACUCGUGAUGGCCUGGCACAACUUAGAGGACGACAGGAAGAAAUGGUGGUCAAUACUUACUCGAAUCUAUAAGAUGGCCUUCCUGCGAUCCAAAGGCCAAGUAUCGUAA